CCCGCGGGCCGGGCAGCGGAGGCGCCUGGCGGAGCGGCUGCCGGGGCGGCCCCACACCGGGUAAACACUCCGGGUGAACGCCGGGAGUCCCGCGGCCCCUCAGAAAGCAAUAUAAAUAUAGGUUAAGAGACGCAGAGGUCAGAGGAGACUCCACCUUUGUAUCCUGGGACUGUCGGCAGGCUGUGCCUCUCUCCUCCCCCAUAGGAAUGCCUGUUGGUGAUACAGGAUGCUGUUUCCUUUGGUAUUGUGUGCAGUUAUGCUGACAGGGAGCUGUAAACUUCAAGAAGAUGAAUGGAUUGACCCCACGGAUAUGCUCAAUUAUGAUGCAGCAUCAGGAACAAUGAGAAGACCUUAUAAGCCAAACUAUCCUGACUCUGAGGAAAAGUCUGGGGAUACAGUCAAUACUGAAAUCUUUCAUUGUUCUGGGGUAAUAGAUUCCUUGCAACACAAGAUUGCAGAGUGUGAGAAGAGGAAUGCCAAAUCACAUGAGAGCCGUAGCUUCUAUAUAUUUAAGCGAUACUUGAAUAAGAUUUUAAAUGAAGCUGGAAAACUUGGCCUUCCUGAGGAAAACAUGGGCCAUGUCCAUUAUGAUGCUGAGAUCAUUCUUACAAGACAGACAUAUUUGGAGAUCCUCAGGUUUGUUAAUGAAGAAACCUGGCAGCCAGGUGCCCUGGAUGAGGCACUGAGUGAUAUUUUGAUCAAUUUUAAACGCCAUGAUGAUCAAGCUUGGCAGUGGAGAUUUGAAGAUGCCUUUGGAAUUGAUCUAUAUAAUUUGUUUUUGCUACUCUUGUGCUUAGUGUGCAUUGUAAUUGUAAUAGCUACAGAACUCUGGACAUGUGUUCUUUGGUUUGUUCAGCUAAAACGUGUUUUAUUAAUAAGUUUUUUCAUCAGUUUUGCAUGGAAUUGGCUUUACUUGUAUAAGCUGGCCUUCGCUCAGCACCAGGCAGAGAUCGCCAAGAUGGGGCAGUUCGACAACGUCUGUGCAGAGAAGCUGGACUGGCGGGGAAGUCUCAUUGAAUGGCUUAGAAGUACAUGGACGUUUCAGGAUGAUCCCUGUCAGAAGUAUUAUGAAACUCUGCUUGUAAAUCCUAUUUUGCUGGUUCCACCAACAAAGGCCUUGGCAAUAACUUUCACCAACUUCGUAACUGAACCUUUGAAGCAUGUAGGACAAGGUAUUGGUGAAUUCAUCAAGGCACUUAUGAAGGAGAUACCGUUAAUUCUGCAGGUUCCAGUGCUCAUUAUGAUGGCUCUGGGUGUCCUGGCUUUUUGCUAUGGUGCAGGAUCAUCGGUGUCUGCAUUUAGACACUUAACGUCUUCUCAGAAGAAAAGUCUUCCUCUGCCUGCCAGUGAGCAGGAGCAAAUAGCCUUUGGGCAGUACGAUGGGAGGACAGCAGACGAGUAUUAUGUGCAGAAGCAUCUGUAUAUCCCCAGAGGCCACCAGGACAGAGGGGACGCCUCCACACGGCCUCUCCCCAUGGUGAGAGCGGGAAAUGGCAGCAGGAGCCCGGACACGGCGCAUGCCAGCGACGAGCUGGAUGCACAGAACAGGUUGUAUACUGAAUCUGAAGUUCAUAGACUUGAAACUCUCAAAGCUGAAAACCUUACUGAAGAAGCUGCACUUGAGCAGCAAAAACAGGAGACAGGCCAAGCAGAGGGAGAGACUGGAGAAAACUCUGACCCUAAUAAAAACCUACAAGGGAAAAGUUCUGCUGUGGAACCAUGUGAAGAGAAGAAAAAGAGUGUUUUACAUGACUCCCAGGAAAGAGACUAAGGAAGAUCCAGGCUCUGCUGUGGAGUAGAGGAUGUUGCCACUGAAGCAGCUGAGAGUCUGUUCUUCUCCUGGAAGCAGCACCUCUGAUCAUCCAUCCUGUUACUCUGGAACCGACUCAGCAGAUCAAAGAAACCUUCAUCUGCCAUUGUCUCACGAGUGCUUUUCUGAAAAGGACAAGAUUUAGGGUAUUUGACCUUAGAGGGCCUACAGCUGGGACAACUGCAUCAGAAUUUCAGUCCAGUGAUAAUAUUUGAUAUUUACGUAUCUGAAAUUUAUUAAUUUUUUUAGUCAACCAUUUCUAUAGCCAGAGAUCUAUCGUAGGAGGAGAUGCUAAUGCUAGGGCAGUAUUUUGGAGAGUGAAAUAUAUUAGAAAUGUUCCAUUCUCUGAAAUGGAAGAAAUAAAUAGUGCACUGAUCAUGGUACAGUGGGAGUUAUUCCUCCUCAGACAUUAAUCCAACAAAAUCCAAAUGCCCAUGAGAGGAAAAAGAAA